AUGCCCGUCAACAAGCAGCUGCCCAACAAGGUGGUCUCGCUCGAUGCCCAGGAGGGGGAGGCCAGUGAUGACGAUGACAGCUUCUCGUCGGCGAGCAGCAUCACGUACAGCGAAUACGGCGAUCUCGGGAUUGAGUUCCGGCAGGAAAAGUCCGACCGGCUGGGCAACGCCAUCGGUGAGUCUCAUAGCGCGUGGAGCGAGGGGGAGCGCGAGCUCUUCAUGCGGCUUGCCAUGCGCGGGUUCGAGCCCAUCGUCCCCAAGGACUGGCGGUUGGAUUUUGCGACGCUCCCGAAGCUCCUGUUUGCCCGGUCUGUUCGUGAAAGUUCAUUGAUCAGUGCGGUCAAGAGGGGAUCGAGUUUCUACGCUAUCAAAUCCCUUUCCAGGCUGUGUACUCUAGGCGGAAGAGUCCGAGACUGCGACGUCCGCCGCAUCAGCCCGGCGCAUGUUAUCAAACGAGGGGUCGACAAUUACCUCAACUGGGCCUUUUACGACGGCAGCCUCAAGGCCCGCUCUCGCGCGCUGCGCACCCAUGUCUUCUACACCAAGAAACGGAGGGAGGCGACUCGCGACGCAUUGGAACGGGUCAACCGCCGGCUGUGUGCGCUCGCUCAACGCUACCAAGACGCUGCAAUCAUGGGAACUACAUCAACGCCAGCAGAAGCAGAAGCAGCAGAAGGAGAAGGAACGGGGAUGGAACCAGUUCACACUGUGACUUUCCCCAUCCUGGUAGGCUUCCUGGUGUGCGGUCCACUCCUGGUGAUCGUUACCCUGGACUCGACACCAACCAGCAACGCCGUAAUGCGCUUCAUCUGCCAGUUUGACAUGGGCGAGUCCGGCCAGGACGUCUGGAACGCGCUGGCAGUGGCGAUUGCCGUCAUGCAUAUCCGGACGACAAUGCGUACCAUUGAGGCAGAGUGGCAGCAGGGACUGUGGAAUCUUCCUGAUGGCCGGCGUGGUGGAGAGGAUCUGGAUUUCUAA